AUGGCGGGGGCGGUGCUGAGCGCGCUCCUCCACAAGCUGGACGCCGUGCUGACGGACGAGUACAACCUGCAGAGGAGCCUGAGGGGCGAGAUCAUGUUCCUCCGAGCCGAGCUGGAGAGCAUGCAGGAGGCCCUCGAAAGGGUAUCGUCCUCGUCGACGCCGCAGCCGGUCGACAUGCAGGUCAGGAUCUGGGUAGGGCAAGUCAGGGAGCUCUCCUACGACGUCGAAGACAGCAUCGACAGGUUCAUGGUGCGCGUCGACCUCCACCAUCCGGGGUUCAGCGGGUUCAUCGGCAGGUGCCUGAGUCUGCUGACCACGGCCCGGGUUCGCCAUCGGAUCGCCGCGGACAUCAGGGGCAUCAAGGGCCGCGUCAAGGAGGUCGCUGACCGCCGUGACAGGUACAAGGUUGACGACGAUGUUUUCGCGGUCCGGCGGCCUGUGGGCACCACCACCGUCGAUCCUCGCUUGCAUGGCAUGUACGAGGAUAUGACGAGGCUCGUCGCGGUGGGCGGGCCAAGGGCGGAGUUAUGCAGGUUGUUGGUGGAGCAAGAAAGUUCAACUGCCAUGGAUGGUCAACUGAAGGUGGUCUCCAUUGUUGGGGUGGGUGGCCUGGGCAAGACGACUCUGGCCAACGUCGUGUACCAGCAGAUCAGAGGGCAGUUUGAUUGCGACGCCUUUGUCAUGGUGUCCCUCAAGCCCGAUCUGAGGAGGGUUUUGGGCAGCUUGCUCCGUCAGGUUAGUAAGCAGAGUUACAGCGAGGUUGAAGCAUGGGAUGUUGUGGAAAUCAUUGACAAAAUCAGACAAGUUCUUCGAGAUAAGAGGUACUUAAUUAUUGUUGAUCAUAUAUGGGACGAAUCAGCUUGGAAUUAUAUAAAGACUGUACUAGUUGAGAACAACUGCAGUAGCAGAGUAAUCACAACAACACGUACUGCUGGUGUUGCUGCAUCAUGCAGUUCUUCCAUCGACGGUAACAUUUAUAAACUAAAUCCUCUUGGUCAUGAUGAUUCGAAGAAGUUGUUCUAUGAAAGAAUAUUUGGGAGUAAAGAUGGUUCUCAUGUGGAACUGAGAGAAAUAUCUGAGAAAAUCAUAAGAAAGUGUGAUGGUGUACCAUUAGCUAUCAUCACUAUUGCCAGCCUAUUGUCUCACAAAUCAAUGAACAUACAUGAAUGGGACACUGUCAACAAAUCAAUCUGUUCUGGACUUGAGAAAUUCCCCAAUAUGGAGGACAUGCAAGGAGCCAUGCGAAGGCUCCAAACCCUCGAGGUUACAUUUCAGGUUCGCGAGGCGAAGGAUGAAUACAAUAAUUUUGAGGUCGGCUUGGAGAACCUCCAUUCUAUUAAGCUGGUCACAAUUCGAAUGCAUUGUUCUGGUUCCAGGCUCGUUGAGGUGGAGGAAGCUGAUGCUGCUAUGAGGAAGACAUCCUAUGUGAAUCCCAAACAUCCGAGGGUUGACGUGAUUAGAUAUUAUGAAGAUGAAAUGAUAGAGGAUGAGGAGAAAUCUCAACUCGAUGAGGAAGCAUUCAAAGAACAAGAGGGUGAAAAGAUUUAUACAUUGCUCAGGCUAGCAGCCUGCUCAUUACAAUACAGUUCAUAG